AUGAGUUUUGAUAGUUUUGUCAAAAACGAAUUUUAUUUCAACAAUGAUGUCGAUAAUCAAGCUGAUAUUAUGGCUAUGAUUAAACAGCAAGAACAAGAUGAGAUGAAUUUAGUUCCAAAUAAUAAUAAUAAUAUCAAUGGCAAUACUGACCCCAGUGCCUUUAAUAACGAUAAUAACUUUAAUAACAAUGUAAUCCAACAAAACCAUCCUAUCAUGAACUUUAAUGAAAAUAAUACCAACAACAACACUUCUUUAUUCGAAUACUCUCCUAUCGAUUCAAUCAAAAAUGAUAGCAUGCUUCACUCAGCUAGUUCAAGCAAUAAUAAUAUAACUAUCUCACCAAAUAGUACUGAAAAUUUCCCUUUGGAUCAUCCUAUGUCAGAUGAUAAAGCAAAGAAGAAAGAACGUAAUAGACAAGCUCAAAAAGCUUUUAGAGAAAGAAAAGAGGCCAAAUUAAGAGAACUAGAAUCAAAAUUGAGAGAAAGUGAAUUAAACAAGCAAAAUUUAUCAUUGGAAUUAGAAAAUUUGAAAAAAAUUACUAACCAACUGAUACUAAAUAACAAUAACAAUAAAAACGAUACAAGUAGAAACCAAAGUCUACCGAUGAGUCAAACUGGUUCACAAAAUGAGAAUAUUAGUCCAAAUUUUAGUCAGGAUUCUUAUUCUUAUAGAAACAGUGUCUCUCAUGACAUCAGCAAUCAAAAUUUAAGCUAUCUAGAUAAUGAAAAUAUCAAAUUCAAUUUCCCAACAGAAGAUGAAUUCUUCGAACAAAUUCUAAGUGGCAAGCAACAUGGCUCAAAUUCAAAAAAUAAACUAUUAUACAAGGAUGAUACAAAUAACCAGCUGUUGACAGUGACGGCAACUUGGGAGUACUUACACAGUCUGACGGAUUUCUUAGACUUUGAUAUAGCUCAAGUAAUGGAAAACUUGAGAGGUAACGAAGUCUGUCAUGGCCAUGGCCCUGCUUACACCAAAGAAUUAAUCGACGCUGCUGUAGAGAAAGCUAUAAACGAUUGUAAAGUGUAG